AUGGGUGGCGAUCUGAAUUUGAAGAAAUCAUGGCACCCCUCCCUCCUCAAGAACCAAGAGCGUGUCUGGUCGCAAGAACAGAAAGCCCUAGAUGAGCGCAAAAAAGUCGAACAACUGCGCCGCGAGCGCGAAGAAGAGCGCCAAAUCCAAGAACUCCAGAACCUCCAAGAAGCCUCCGGAAAAGCAAAGCAGCAUAACCGCGUCGACUGGAUGUAUCAAGCCCCCUCAAGCGCGACAGGACACUACACCGAAGAAAUGGAGGGUUACCUGCUUGGCAAGCGACGGAUUGAUGGAAUAUUAUUGAAGAAGGAUACGGAUACGCAGAAGCUUGAGAAGGGCGCGGAUUUAGUUGGGGCUAAUGCGGCGCAGGCGGCUAGCCAGGGACCUUCUAUUGGGUCGGCGAGGGAUACUAUGAGUAAGGUCAUGGCUGAUCCGUUGCUGGAGAUUAAGAAGCGGGAACAGGCUGCUUAUGAGAACAUGGUUAAGGAGACCGUUAAGAAGAAGGAGAGGGAGGAGAGGAGGAGUGGGGGGAGCGGAAGGGAUCGCGAUCAUGAUCGUGAACGGAGACAUCGCGAGCAUGAUUCGAAGAGAAGACGGUAUAGUGAUGAGGGGGAGGAGAGAAGACAUCGCUCGCAUCGUCAUCGAUCUAGAUCACCUGUUGUUGAGGGGGAGAGGUCCUCGCGUAGACAUCGCAGUGAGAGAGACCUUGAAAACGAUCGUCCCCGACGAGAGGAGAGAGAAUCACACCGACGCCGUGAUGACAAUACGAGUCGUCGAGAUGAUCGGGACCGAGAGCGAGAGCGUCGCGACUAUCGCGAAAAAAGAGAUUCAUACUCCACCCGCCGAGACCGCGAUAAUAGAGACAGACGCGACCGCGAUCGAGAUGAUAAAGAGCGCGCACGAUCUCCCCGACGAGAAGAGGAGCGCCGACGCAGCCGCUCUCCGCGCCCAAGUUCCGAGCGUAAUGACCGUGCUCCCAGUCAAACAAAUGCGCGCGACUACUCUCGACGCGAAAAUCAUGUCAUUCAUCAAACCCGCCGCGAGCCGUUUAAUCGCCCAUCUCGUCCUGCACCUUCACAGCCAAAGGCUGAUCCUAACGCUCUAGAAGAAGAGAGAGCUCGCAAGCUAGCUGAGAUGCAAUCGAAUGCUACCGAACUACAAACAGACCGAGUGCAGCGCAUCAAUGAAAUUACCGAGAAGGAAGAAGCUGAGAAGGAAUCUGAUGAUAAGCUACGUUCUGAUCGUGGUGCAUUCAUGUCUGGUGUGCACAAGCGUGCGCAAGAAGAUAGUCUUGAUGAGCGUAUUCGGCGCAGUCGUGGUGGAUUGUCUAAGAUGGAUGAUGAAUAA